GAGUUCUUUCUAAAGCCUCCUUUGCACUGAUUACAAACUACCUGUUCUACCGAAGUCAGCCCGUCGUCAAAAGUUGCAACAUGGUCCGUGCGUACUACAUGAACGAGUCGGCCGAGGACCAAAGGUUACCGAAUGAGCUAAGUCCACCGAGACCGAUAGACUUGGAUCAGCUGUACCGUCGAACAGGUGUCAUGUACUUCAAGAUAGACGAAUCGGACUGGUCUGGAGAAUCAACCGAGGGAAAACUCGGAGAAAUCAGCUCGACGCGAGGCUAUACAUACAAAGACGUCUGCGAGAUCUCUCGAGAAAUGCUCGGCGCCGAUUAUGACUCUAAAAUGAAGAUAUUCUUCAAAGAGCAUCUCCAUGCCGACGAAGAGAUCAGAUUGAUUCAAGACGGGUCCGGCUAUUUCGACGUGCGGGACAGCUCGGACGCUUGGAUUCGGAUUCACGUGUCCAAAGGGGACCUCUUGAUCGUGCCAGCUGGGAUAUAUCACAGAUUCACGCUGGAUACUAAUGAUUACGUCAAAGCUAUGCGUCUUUUCGUGGGCGAGCCUGUGUGGACUCCGAUAAAUCGACCCGCCGAUGAACAUGACGCGAGGAAAGAGUAUUUGGACAAUUUGAAGAACAAGUUCGAACGGGGCGUCCCUGCUUGAGACAAGCUCGGAAAGAUCAAAGGUGACUGAGGAAACCUCUCAAUAAAGGGCCG